AUGCGCUCCUUAGCCACUGAUGCUGCAUUUCUACUAGCCAGCAGCGGCGAGGGUCUGGCUUCGCUCGAGGAUUGCGCCGUGGCUGCGGUGAUGCGGCGCUGGACUGCCGAACAAGGCCGGCAGUAUGUGCCUGUCGCCGUUCAGUAUGAGAACACCCCAGGUAUUUAUAGUUCCUGCACGACCACGAUGCCAAUGUCGGUGUGGGGCGAUGAAGAAGGUACGUCUGGUAGGCACAUGUUAGACAACGCUGCCUAUACCAGGGAGGCGGCCUAUGGCUUUUACGGGGGACUAUCCUGGCUCGAUAAGAAGAUAAACGAACAAACUUUCUUCGUGUUUGUUCUGCACGGUUCUGACAACGCGACUGAAAACCUCGACCUCUGGCUUCUCGAUAUUGAUGGCAGUGUUCGUCUCAUAAAUGUCGGGGCAUGGCAUUCUUCCGGAGAACUACGGCUGCACCAGAAAAUCUCGAAUCCAAAAAUAAUUGAUUUUCAAGGACGUAAACUGAUUCUCUCAGUGGUCCAUAAGCCGCGUGUUUUCGAGACGCUGUACGCGGACGGCAAGAAGCGUAAGGACGUCACCGCCGCUGAGGGAUACAUUGUCGACCUCGUCAGGAUCAUCGGCGUGAAGCUCAACGUCUCGCUCGACAUGAUCGUCGCGAGCAGCUUUGGUGUAUUGACAAGCAAUGGCACAUGGUCGGGCAUGAUGGGUGACCUCGUCGCCAGGAGAGCGAGCCUCUCACCUCUGGACUUCUCUCCAUCUCUAGAGCGCCAGGCGGUCGUUGAUUUCAGCGAAUGGCUGAGCAUGGAUCCAGUGAUUUUAAUCUCCCGUUCGCCAUCCCUCCUCACCGUACCGUUCCUUUUGCUUCAGAUCUUCUCGCUACCGUCUCCCGUAUGUAACGUUGCUGUUACCCUCAUGUGUUUCAGCUCGUCCAGAUCUCAGCUUUACUCUCUCCCUCUCACCACCGCUGCCAUUGCCAAGUCUUUCAUCCUGCAGGAAACGUCGCUGCUGCGUAGUCUACGGAACGCGUCAUCCCGCGUGGCGACUGCGUGUUUCUUCUUUGUGGUUGUGUCGUUGUACGCCUUCUACCAGGGCAGCAUUAUCGCCUUCCUCACCGUGCCCAGGAGCUCAAAACCCAUCGACUCGGCUGAGGACCUCAUGGCUCGUCUGGAUGAAGUGACGCCUGUGACACGGAUGAACACAGUCUACUCGAAUUUUAUCUUGAACUUCCCACGGUUUUCACCAAUCGCUGCGAAAGUUGAGUUCAUGGCGGACGACUUCCUGAACACCUGGCAGUUCUUCGAGCUCAUACAGAGUGGUUCUUACUGCCUAAUAGACGUGGUCUCGUCGGGCGUGGGGCGUGCGGCUUCGUACGAGACGCGUGGUCAAACUUGUCGCUUCCACGAGUCGCGGCAGAUUCUCAAGAACGACAUCGACAUGAUGGCGCACGCAAGUAACUCCGUCUUCAGGAAUCGUAUCGACGACAUCAUCAGGCAGUUGCGGUCGUUCGGUCUGGUGGAACACUCCAAGAAGCGUUUCUUCUCCGCCUCCUGCGAACACUCCUUCAGGACCAGCAGUAACGCUCCUCUCACUCUUAAACAGGUGCAGAGUGCUUUCUACGUGUGGCUAUUGGGCACCUGCUUGGCUGUGCUGGGUUUCCUUGCAGAAUUGACUGUCUAUCGAUGGAAGAAUAGUGAACACUGA